CUGGAGUGGCUUGAGGACAGGUAUUGUGUCUGUUACUAUAGCACCACCUUGCACAGGAUCUCGAGGUCACCGAGGGGACUGGUGGAGGCUCCCGACUCUGGCAUUGGGAAAUAUGACAGCAGAAGUGAAUGCUUGUUAACAUAAGGGAUUUAUUGAAGAAGAAAGACAAAAUGCCUUUCAAAGGGCUCGGUUCACUGAAAGAAAGAUUUUUUAACCCAGGAAAGGAAGAGGUGAAGAACACCAUUAGUGACUCGCUGGGGAAUCUGAGAAGGAAGAUUGAUGGCACCAACGUGGAGGAGGAGCCCCUUGAGCUGACAGCAGAGGGGCGGCCCGUGCUGGCGAGCAGCCGCCGGCCGGCGCUGUGCGCGUGCUACUGCUGCGGCCUGCCCAAGCGCUACAUCAUCGCCAUCAUGAGCGGCCUGGGCUUCUGCAUCUCCUUCGGCAUCAGGUGCAACCUGGGCGUGGCCAUCGUGGAAAUGGUCAACAAUAACACUGUCUAUAUCGAUGGAAAGCCAGAGCUGCAGACAGCCCAAUUCAACUGGGAUCCAGAGACUGUAGGACUCAUUCAUGGCUCUUUUUUCUGGGGUUACAUUGUGACACAAAUUCCAGGAGGGUUCAUCUCAAACAAAUUGGCUGCUAACAGGGUAUUUGGGGCAGCUAUCUUUCUAACAUCUACACUGAACAUGAUCAUCCCUUCUGCAGCAAGAGUGCAUUAUGGCUGUGUAAUGUUUGUAAGGAUUCUUCAAGGUUUGGUGGAGGGUGUCACAUACCCAGCCUGCCACGGGAUGUGGAGUAAGUGGGCUCCGCCGCUGGAGAGAAGCAGGUUGGCUACCACGUCAUUCUGUGGGUCUUAUGCAGGUGCAGUGGUGGCCAUGCCCCUGGCAGGUGUGCUGGUACAGUAUAUAGGAUGGUCAUCAGUCUUUUAUAUUUAUGGAAUGUUUGGGAUUGUCUGGUACGUGUUUUGGCUGCUUCAUGCCUAUGAGAGCCCUGCUGCGCAUCCAACAAUAACCAAUGAAGAAAGGAUAUAUAUAGAAACAAGUAUAGGAGAAGGAGCCAGCCUUGCUAAUGCAAGUAAAUUUAGUACUCCCUGGAAGAGAUUUUUCACUUCAAUGCCAGUUUACGCAAUCAUUGUGGCAAACUUCUGCAGAAGCUGGACCUUCUAUUUGCUCCUUAUAAGUCAGCCUGCGUACUUUGAAGAAGUCUUUGGAUUUGCAAUAAGCAAGGUUGGCCUUUUGUCAGCAGUUCCUCACAUGGUCAUGACGAUCAUUGUGCCCAUCGGAGGGCAAUUAGCUGACUUCUUACGGAGCAGGAAGAUCUUAACCACUACCACUGUAAGGAAGGUCAUGAACUGUGGAGGCUUUGGGAUGGAAGCAACCUUGCUUUUGGUGGUUGGCUAUUCUCACACAAAAGGUGUGGCAAUUUCCUUUCUGGUGUUAGCAGUAGGCUUCAGCGGCUUUGCAAUUUCAGGAUUCAAUGUGAAUCACUUGGACAUAGCCCCUCGUUAUGCCAGCAUUCUGAUGGGCAUCUCCAAUGGUGUGGGGACGCUGUCGGGAAUGGUGUGCCCACUCAUUGUUGGUGCAAUGACAAAACAUAAGACCCGUGAAGAAUGGCAGAACGUCUUUCUGAUCGCAGCCCUGGUGCACUACAGUGGUGUGAUAUUCUACGCUAUCUUUGCUUCUGGGGAGAAGCAGGAGUGGGCUGACCCCGAAAACCUCAGCGAAGAGAAAUGUGGCAUAAUUGAUCAGGACGAACUGGCUGAAGAAACAGAGAUGAACAAUGAAACUUUUGUAAGUCCAAAGAAAACAUACGGUGCUACCAAUCAAAAUAGUGAAGUACAGAGAAGGGAAUGGAGGAAGCAAAAGCAAGUAACUCAAGACAUGGAGGAACAGACUUCUUACCAUUAUGAAAAUGGAAAUUUUCAAGAUUUGUCUUAAUACUCGAAACUGUAAGAUUUGUAUAGCAGCUAUUCCCAUGACUCCUUCUGCCUAGCUGCCCCAAAUCAUCAAGUAUCCAUAUUUAUUGUCGUAUUCAAUUAUGUAACAUCUGGCCACAUGACUAGAUUUGAGGGGUGAUAGUUCCCUCGUAAUGGUGUGUAAGAGGGCUAACGGCAAUGGAACUGGGAUAAGUGAUCCUAGAUCCUCUCCCAGCCAUUUUAUCACCUUGGGAGAGUUUCUGUGACAGUUAGAUGACCAGCCCUGGCAGGCCUCCUGCCUGAUGCAAGCUGUAGGACUGACUGUAGGAGCAAGGAGUUCCCUCAUUUAAACAGAGAAAGGACAAGUGAUAUCAGAUGGUGUAUCCACAGUGUAAUCCCUGGGUCUCCAGUGGUGUCACAGUCUGUAGUGAGCAGCCCUGCUUUGCCUUUUAAGGAUUCCUGUAGGGUGGCAUUUGAACUGCUUAAUCCAUGCCAAACCACAAGCUCAUGCUAAAAGAUCAGAGCAGAGGGAAAAGCAGAUUUAUGACAGUAGGCUGUAAUUAAUUACUAAUGGCCACUCAACAAGGGGAAGAGGAACAUGUAGUAGAGGUGACAUAGGAUUGCUUCAACAGUUCCUACAAAUUGAUUGACAGAUAUCUUUAUAUGUGCAGUCCACAGAGUAUGGAUAAGACAAUGAAAUGGAUAUUUGUAAAAUUUCUCCCUCUCCAAAAUUUCUCCCCCUAAGGUUUUGUGCUGGCAUGAAAUAAUUUUGAAUACAAAAUCAUCGUUAGUGAUGCAAUACUAUUAAUCCUUAUGAAAGGAAAUCUUAGCCCUGUUUUGAUUAGAAUUCUCACUCAAUUCAUUAUUGUGAAGUAAUUUGAAUAUAUUUUUCUAGUAUUAUACUGAUAGAGCUCCUGGUCUCGACACAAGAGUCCUCAUUUAGGUGACCAAGCUAACUUACAGGAGUAAAGUCUUUAGUUCUGGAUCUGUAACUUUUCAAUGCCUCAGUCUUGUUCUUGCUGUGAAUGAAGCACUGUACCAUUUGAGAGUUAACAGGGUACCUAUGUAUAAAAGUAAUUCUCCUCUGCCAUUGGUAUAUAUUUGACAGUAUAAAGUGGCUUUAGCCUUUUUCUACCAUUUUUAGAAUCAGCCAGUGGAGCAUGCUGUAUCAUCUCAAACAGUUACCUGCAACUCAGACACUCAUUGUGGCAUUAAUACUCUUUUCAGAAUGGAUAAUUUCAGUAAGCUGUGAUUUAAUUUGUCUCUCAUUAUGACUACUGCCUCAUUAAACUCAAGUGAAAGCUAUCUUGUCUAGCCUAGGCUGUGCUUUGUGAUGUUUCAGUGUUACUGAUCUCAUGUACCAUAUGCAGCCACUGUGAUGCACAUGAGAUUUGAACAUUUCUCAGAUGCAUUUUGCUGUUAUACUGAAGCACAAUUGAAUAGCAUGAGAGCAAUUACACUUGUACAUUCAUUUGAAUCCAUGGAUGAUUCAUCUUCCCCACAAACAAGUAUAUUGGGAAGUUAGCUAAUUCUCUGUUCAUGUCUCUUGUUUCUCUUCUACUCAGCAAAAUCCAAUCUGCAACUGUAUAUAAAUAAGAAGGAAAGUGAGUUGAAUGGAUACAUGCCUAAUUUGACUACAGUGAAGACUUUUAAUUGGUAUGAGCAGAUAAUUUAAUGAAAGGGGUAGUUUUAUGGUACAGCUCAACCCUGCUUUAUAAAACAUCAAUUUAUUAAUCAGCUACUCCAAAAAAAUCUUGUCACUUUAUUGUGUUAAGUCAGAGAAGAAUUUUUUUUUAAAAUUCAAAACUUCAGUUUAGACUGGACUUGCUUAUUUCACUACUGAUAUUUAGGCAUAAUAGGUAUAAGAAAAUACCUUAUUUCUUGCAGGUUAUAGUCAGCAUUUGCAGAUUUAAUUGGCAGGAGCUUGGGUCAAAUGUUCUCAUCAGUCUAUCACAAUAGCAGGACCAGCUGCUGUCAAACUAUUUUGCAACAUCCACCACAAUUUACAAAAGAAUGAGGGCCACUGCUUUGCCUAUGUGUAAAGCAAACAGCUUCUUCCUCCCUCUCCAGUAAUGUAGUAUUCAUAUAGUUGCUACAGGAUGUCCAAUAGAGGAAACCAUAUUAUGAAAGGAUUUAAUGUAAGAAUCUGUGUAAGUAUAAUCUGAUGGAGAAAAGAGAAGAUCAGACAAUGUAUUAUUCUAGAAACAGUAACAUUUGCUUAGAAGCAGCAUCACCUUUCCAGUAAUGAUGAAGGGUAACUUUCCUGUCAUUAAGAGGAACAUAAAGGAAGAAAAUGUUGUUAUGACAAAGAGCUACAAACAUCCCAACAGUUUGGGAAAUAGCCAACUGGCCCAUGAGAGCUCAGUUGCCCAUCUGGUGAGUGUAGCUGCUAUUUUUUUACUGUUGCAGAUGUGUCACAGCUGUCACAAGUGACAAGCCACAGCUCGGUUUAGCAGGAUCAUUUUGUAUCCCCAAACAGACUGCACUGAUUUAGUUCAGUGGAAGUUUGACUUCAAUGGACAUUUGAGCAUUAUUUAAUACCCUGAAAGAAAUGGCUUAAAAACAUCUGGACAAGCUUUUGCAUUUAAAAUACCCCUUUCUUUCUUUUCUAAAUUUAACUGUUUCCACUAACCCAAUAUAUCAAUCCUUACCAGUUCAAGUGACAUACAUGCCACAGUGCUUUUCCAGGCACUCACAGUCAGAUGUUUGGCUUGUCUUUCUCACUUUCCUUUUCACCUGUUUAAAUAUUUCAGGUAUAUUGCAUGAAGUGUAAACAUCAGCACUAGUUGAAAACUACUUCUUUUUCCUGGAAAUCUCUGUACUUAAUCAACUCUUUGAUUUACACAGUGGCUUCCACAAUCCUGUAUGACAAAGAAUAAAGACAACCUAUUGAGAACAAACUGACUUUGUAGCUCCAGUUUUGCUGGAUGUUUCUAUUUGCAACAUGCUCCAAUAGAAAUUUCUUGUGGAGUCUAAGAAAGUACAGUCACUGAGGGUGUUUCUCCUACAAACUGUCUUCUUAAAAUCUGUUAGAACUUGGAACAUUUAAACAAUAUGGGAAAUUGGCAUAUCCCACUCAGACUGCUAAAAAGUCGUGUCUCUAAUGGUAGUGGAUGUGAAUAACUCAAGUGAUAUUUUCUAUGGAGAAUAGCUUGAUUAAACUUCAUUUAUCACAUUGUUUGAAUAUUUUUCUGUCCCCGUGUCCAAAAUAACUUUUGCAUAUUUUCAUAUAUGACAGUGCUCAUACAAGUCAGAGUUUGAUUUGAAAAUGGCUUUCUAAUUGUAGAAGGAAGUAGAAUUUACUUUGCACUGGAAUAUAGAUCUUAAGUAAGCCAGAGGAAGAUUCAGCUCUCCGUAAGUUGAAAUGGUAGGAUAGUCCACAGAACAUGAAUUCAAGUCUGAGGAGAGAAAAAGCAGUACAGUAAGUCCCAGAAAUAUGUCGUUCAGUGUUGUUAUCUACUGAUCUUCCUAAAAAGAAAGCUGUAGCUUUUAUUUCUUUGACAGCUUAUAUUUUUUAGGCACUACUAGCAGAAGUUUAGUGAUAAUUAAUACUUCUCUUAUAUUGUUGUUAGAGUUAAACCAAAUGUUCCUUGUAGUGAGAAAGGACAAAUUAAUGACAGAAAUUAUGAAAAAUGCACCUGAAUAGGAACUUCUCCAGGCAAAUAAUCACUUAGUCCAAAAGAAUGUACAGACUUUGGGGUAAAAUAUCUAACAAGGGCAUCCAGAUGUUAACAAAGUGCCAGGAGGAGUCUCAUGUGUAACAUAAUUAACUGAUAGCAAGAAGGUAAAAAUCAACUUAAAUGCAAACUGUGUUAAGGCUUCACAUGUAUGUUUCCAACUGACUUCUUUUGACAGUUACAGAGAUCUGUAAGUUUUGUCAUUAUUUUAAGAAAAGGUUUGUAAAAACCAAGAUUUUUUAUCUUAUUUUUCUUUUUAUUUUAUAUUGAAGAUCUUAAUUUUAGACUGCUAUUUAAUUAUUCAUAUUUUAAGAGAGAGGAGUAUUUCUUGUGAUUUAAAGAAUAGAAAGAGGACUAGAGAAAAAGAGAAAGCAAAUUGCAGCCACAAGGCAAUGCAGACAGAGGGCUGACGAUGGAUAAGAAAUCAAUUUUCAAAUCCUGGAAACAGAACUUGGAGUUCUCUAGAUUUUUGAGUUAAAAAACUACAGGAUGUGCCAAGAUCUAAUAUUCUGCAUCAUCCUAGGGUCCAGAGAAUUCACUCCAGUCUCAUGUCAAAGCUUAACUCUCAUGAAAUCAGCAAUAAAUGGAGAGAUUAAAAACUCCUCAUUCUUAUGUCUUCCAAAUGCUUAUGUUGGAUUAGAUAACACUGCUGGAAAGGUAACACUACUAAUACUAUUGCAGCUCUGUACGUACAUGUAGAAGACAGUCUGACAGGCUCCUUAGUAAAAAUGCUUUCAACUACUUACAUACUGGUACCAGUUAUUUCUCAACUUCCAUUUGAUAACAGUGUUUAGCUUUGAGAGAAAAAAUUGUCCCUUUUUUAUCUCAACAUUUUUUAUUUUUGUGUUUAUACUGCUUAUCAUUUUUACAGUCCUUCUGCAUGCAAAAUUACAUAAGGAAAGAAGGAAAUUUAUGUAAGAAAUGUGGUAAGAUUGUACUUCUUUGUGCAGAUCUGUAGCAUAAUAAGAGCCAACACACUUUUUCCACAGAAUAUUUGGUUAUUUUAAGUCUUGAUCAAAAUAAAAAUUUGACCCAUUUAAUUCGUUGUCCCUUAUCCCAUGUUGUUGUGUACUUCCCCUCAAUUUAAUUACUGCACUGGAUAUCUGCAGCAGCUAACAGACUACACUUGUUUAUCUAUAAUCAUAUUUAUCUGCUCAAUAAAGUCAGUGCUCAGACACUUGCUGUACAAACUUUUGACAACUA